AUGAGACCGGGAGAAUCUGUGCAGGAAGUCGGCAGAGAGGUGUCGAUUAAUCUGCGUCUCCGCGGCGGCGGCAACAAGUAUCCAGCCAAGAGCCAUGCCAGGCGGGUGGCAGACAAGAUCAACGUUGCAGAGGGCAAAGGACUCAUUGUUCUCGAGGGUACGAAGACAGUGAACUGGCCCAACUCUGAUAUGCCCGCCCCAUUCCGACAGGAUCGAUACUUCUACUACCUCACUGGCUGCAACGAACCUGGCUGCUUCGUGACAUAUCACAUCGACCGUGAUCUUCUAACUUUAUGGCUUCCACCCGUCGAUAGCGAUCCCCGGCAUAUGCUGUACUAUGGUAGGGGAAGCACUGUCGCCGAAGCUCUGGAGAAGUACGAUGUAGAUGAAGCUCAUUACAUUAAGCCUCCUGCUCUGAAGACUCUCACGUAUCUGACAAUGGAUGACAAUGAGAUACACAACUACUCCAUAGUGUCCGAUGACACGCUGUCUGGACCUCAUUCAGAUCUCAAACCCUCGACGGUAAAGCUCCGUACAGCGAUCGACGCCUGCCGUGUGAUCAAGGACGAGCAUGAGAUCGAUCUGAUCCGGAGGGCGAACGACAUCACUGCAGCGGCCCACGUCAAAGUCAUGAAGGGCAUACACGAUUUCACAAACGAAGCAGAAGUUGAAGCGGCAUACAUGUCUGUGUGUAUAGCUCGAAAGGCAAAGGAGCAAGCAUAUGACCCCAUUGCCGGAUCAGGACCCAAUGCCGCUACACUGCACUACUCCGCAAACGUCGAAGACUUUGGAGAUGGCCAGACGAUUGUGCUUGAUGCUGGUUGCGAAGUCGAACGAUACGCGUCUGAUGUGACAAGGACGUUGCCCAUCAACAAGAAGCAUCCAGGUCAUUGGCCAUCCCAGGAAUCCGAAGACAUCUACAGUCUCGUUGAGGAGAUCCAGGAAUCAUGCAUAAGCCAGAUGCUGCCAGGCAACAAAUACAUCGAAAUCACCUGGCACGCUCAUAAAGUCCUCAUCGAGGGACUUCUGAAGCUCGGAAUCCUCAAGGGCGAUGCUCACAAGAUCUUCUCCGCUGGGGUCUCAACUGCUUUCCUGCCUCAUGGUCUCGGCCAUCACGUCGGUCUUGAAGUACACGACGUGUCACCGGUACCGCAUCCACCGGCAGAGCUGGAUGAUGUAGGAGCAGACCGGAGGUACGUGGCUUGGACUGAUGCUGCUUACAAGCAGUGGUCUCCCGACUCUAGUGCACUCUUACCGGGAACGAAUGCGGCGCAGUCAGAUGGAGCCUUCCACGGCGCGUUUCACAGAAGUGCGGCGCAACUCGCCAGUGUCGAUGCACCCUCUCUAGAACCCGGUAUGGUCGUUACUGUGGAGCCUGGCGUUUACUUUAACGAGCCUUUGCUAGAGAAGUUCCUGCAAGAUCCAAAGUUGAGCAAAUAUGUCGACAGGGAAGUGUUAAGGCGAUACGCUCCCGUGGGAGGUGUGAGGAUAGAGGAUGAUAUUCUGAUCACCAAGGAUGGAUAUGAGAAUCUGACGACUGCUCCGAAGGGUGAGGAGAUGUUGAAGGUCAUUCGUGAGGCUGCUGCAAAAAGAUAG